UUUCAACUGUAAACAAGUAAAGGUUGAGACGUCCUUCUUUUCCCCACUCCAACAGGACUUUCGGUUUAUAUCUACUGCAUUCACCAAGAGAUUUAAAGGGUACCAGUUUAAUGGCGUACAAUGGCUCGAAUUUCGCUAGACUGCACCAACACGCUGCCAGGAAUCCCCCUCAGUGUUCUGUCAGUGCCUAUGGAAAACAAAUAUAAGUGCCAGCAGUGUCUCCAGGUUUUAAGGAAGCCAGUCCAGGCUCAGUGUGGCCAUCGCUUCUGUGUCCACUGCUUCAAACAGCUCACCAGCUCUGGCCCUAAACCGUGUGAAGCCUGUCGGGUGGAGAACAUCUUCGAAGAACCUAUUUCCAUUUUAAACACCAAUGAGGCCUUUCCUGACAAUGCAGCAGGUCGAGAGAUAGCCGGUCUGCCAGCAAAGUGUUUAAAUGAGGGCUGCCCCUGGACUGGACCAAUCAAAGACUAUGAGAAUCAACAUGAAUUUCACUGUGAGUUUGAAAAGAUCCAGUGCAGCAGCUGUAAAAACUAUAUUUUGCUUUCGGAGAAGGGCAGGCACGAGGAAAGGGAGUGUGAAGCACGGACACUCAACUGUAAAUACUGCAAAGUCAUAUUCAACUAUAAGGACAUCAAGGCACAUGAUGAGAUAUGUCUGAAGUUCCCCCUGCAAUGCAAAGACUGUGGCAAGAAAAAGAUCCCGAGAGAAAAGUUUAGUGACCAUCUCCGGUCUUGUGCCAAAAGUAAGAGCUCCUGUCCGUUCAGUGAAGUGGGCUGUAAAGCUGUGAUAGACAACGGUAAGCUCAAUGACCAUGAGAGCAGCAGCACGGUGGAACACCUCCGGCUGUUGCUGCCCAUGGUUCUGUCCAUGGUCCGAACCCGGGUGGACGCCGCGGGUCUGUGCGAGUGGCAGGAGGACUCUGGGCUGGGCUUGUACCGGGCUCCUGAGGAAGGGGUCUCAAUGGGCGCCAGUGCGUCAGUGCAUUCUGUGGACUUGGAUAAAAAGGUGACGGCUUUAGAAAACAUAGUGUGUGUCCUGAACCGUGAGGUGGAGCGGAGUUCGGUUACGAUGGAGGCUUUUGCACAUCAGCACCGUUUAGAUCAAGAGAAAAUCGAAAACCUUUCAAAUAAAGUGCGUCAGCUGGAGCGGACUCUGGCCUGUAGAGACCUGCAGCUUUCAGAGAGUGAGCAGAUUGUGCGGGAGCUGCAGUUUUGUACAUACGAUGGUAUUUUUGUGUGGAAGAUAACGGACUUCUCACGACGCAAACAGGAGGCUGUGGCAGGACGGACACCGGCCAUGUUCUCCCCAGCCUUUUACUCCAGCAAAUACGGCUACAAAAUGUGCCUGCGCUUGUAUUUAAAUGGCGAUGGCACUGGGAGGGGGACUCAUCUGUCUCUGUUCUUUGUGGUGAUGAGAGGAAAGUGUGAUGCUCUUCUGAAAUGGCCGUUCAGUCAGAAGGUAACUUUGAUGCUUCUUGAUCAGAAUAACCGAGAGCACAUUAUCGACGCGUUUCGGCCUGAUGUCACCUCCACGUCUUUCCAGAGGCCCAUCAGUGAGAUGAACAUCGCCAGCGGCUGCCCCCUCUUCUGCCCUUUGGCCAAACUGGCUGGAAAGAGCCCGUAUCUGCGCGAUGAUACAAUCUUUAUCAAGGCUAUAGUGGAUCUUACAGGUUUAUGAGAUGUGUACACUGUGGAAGUUCUGCACAUCUAAAAAGAAUAAAUUAUAUAAUUACUUAUAAAGGAAAACCUAUAUUAAUAUAUAAGUAAUAAUAACAGAUACAUUAUUUAACUACUAUAACUAUUUAUAUCCGACAUUCAUUGUCUAAUAGUCCACAUAGUCCGUGAUUAUUAUAUACAUAUAUAUUGUAUACAGUAUAUACUAUUUCAUAGUGUCAUUAAUGGGGCAUACAUCAGUGAAUAUAUAUAUAGAUAUAUAUAAACAUCAUAUAGAUCAUUUAUUUAUUAUGUAUUUACUGUGACUUAGUGGAUUUGCAGUUGCAUGCUUAUAGUGGUUUUGCAGAAAAUAAACAAAUCUAAAACAAAAUAGCUUCAUCUGUAUUGACAGUACAGGAAAUUGUGAACGACUGCUGUAUUAUAUAGAGCGUGGGUUUCAUCAUCACGAAUGUAUGAACAUCAACUAACCUCCUGUUGAACUAACAUGCCUCUUUAAUGCUGCUUAUAAUAACAUGGAAAUUGUAAAGUUUGGACAUUUAGACGUUAGGUGAAGUUUUAUAAUACACUGGAUGUUGCUUUGCUUUGGUUGAUCAUUACCAGUCAAGCCUACAUAAGCAUGUAGUGUG